AAUCUGUUGUCAUGGAUGGAGACACAGAAUAUGACAAAGUUGAAGAUGUUGUGGGCUGCCACAUUGAAGAUGCUGUAACAUUUUGGGCACAGAAUGUCAGUAGAUGUCAUGACCUCUUGAAAUUAAGUUGUGCGCUGGCAGAAGCUUGUCCUCGGGCUAAUGCAGUUUUUGGCAAACCUGAUUUUAGUAAGAUUUAUGGUGGGUGUUUUUCUGAAGAUAGAUGUUGGUACAGAUGUAUGGUACAGCAAGUGAUCAACAGUGAAAAGUGUCAGGUAUUGUACAUUGACUAUGGAAAUUCUGAGGUUCUGAAUAGAUCAGAUAUAGUUGAAAUUCCACCAAACUUGCAAUGUCCGAGUGUUGCCAAGAAGUAUACACUCUGGGGACUGCAGAUACCAACUGAUCAGAACUUAAACAUGUUUGACCAGGGCAAGAAGUUCUUGAGCAGCCUAGUUUUUGAAAAAGAAAUAAAAAUACGUCACAAAGCCAAGCACGAAGAUGGUACCAUUAUUGCCCAGGCAGAAUAUGAAAAAAUAGAUAUUGGAGAAGAGGUCGCCAAGGCAGGGUUUGCUGAAAAAUGCACAUCUCCAGGAAGCACUAAAGAUGCAGAAGAGAGAAAAGUAGAUGUCGUGCAAAACCAACAUCGGAAGAUAAAAGUUUCAGUUCCACUGUGGAUAAACAGGUCCGAUGACACACUGUACAGCGCCCCAAGAGGGUGCUUUGACCAAGUAGCUGCCAGCACAAGGAAUCAGAAUUUUACUGGAAACCGUACGUUUACCCCAAAGGAAAAAAUGCUAGCUUCUACCUCAGUGCCAGACACCAGCUUGGCACAAAUAAGACCAGAUCAGAAGCUGUCUGAAGAGAAAGAAAUUCUCAGAAGAGAGAAUGUAAAUCUGUUGCAGAGGCAGAAGGAACUAGAACUGAAGGUUCAACAGCUGAAACGUGAACUUCAGAGAGAGAAGGAAGCAUCCAGGAAAACUGCUGAAAGUUUUGAGGAAACCCUGCGUACUUACAUUGGAACGAAAAUGGGAAGUUUGGCUGCUAAGGUGAAGGCAUUGAAAGAAGUUAGGCACACAAAUAAGAACAGUCGUUUUGGGGAGCAGCUCUCACAAGCCAUAAAAGUGGUUACAGAAGGAUGUCUCACUAUUCCGUGUUCCUUGGAAAAAUUGCAGAAGAUUUGGACAGAGUAUGACUUGGCUCAAGAGAGGAUUCAGUUAUGCAGAAAUGUGGAUGAAAGAGAUGAAUUGAUUACCAAGAGAGAUGACGUGCAGCAGAACUUGUAUUCAGCAGUGGAAGAAUUAAUUUUGGAAGUGGAUCAACUGCCCCUCUCUGAGCGCUCAAGAACAUUACAGGAACUGUCUACUUCUCUGGAGAUGGUGUAUGGUCAAGGUUCUGAAGCAGAUGACUCUGAGGAGGUAUUUCAACAGUUCUUUAAGUGGAAGAGUGUUAAAAUGAAGAAAUUAAUUUGUGUCAGAAAUGACACGGACAGAGCUCUGCAAAUUCUUGCUGGCUGGUUCAGUGACAUCUUAAAGUGUUUUGACCUGAUGUCAGAAGCAUCUUCAGAUUUAGAGGAAGUGGUUGGCAAUGCAGAUGAAAUUCUCAAAAAGGUUGAGUUGGCUAUUUGUGAAGAACUGGAUACUGACUUAAAUGAGCAUGAUGAAGCAGAGAAGGGAAUAAUUAUGAGUGCUUACAGUAAAGUUAUACGUAAAGUUUGUCAGGAGCAAAGUAUAAUCACUGUCAUACAGAACAGAUACUUGGCCAGUGUUGAGUUCAGAAAACAGGCUGAGGAAUGGCUGAAUAGGAGACCCGAUCUUAACAACUUAUUAUCAAUUAAGAAAACUGUGAAAAGUUUAAAGGCCCAGUUAAGGUGGAAGCUGGUUGAAAAGAACAACUUUGAGGAAUCUGAUGAUUACAGUGAGUUUGAAAUGACAAGAAUAAAAGAGGAAAUUGCUGAUCUGCGAAACAAGGUUCUUCAGGAAAUAUCCAAGGAACAAGAAGAAUAUGAGAAGCUUACUUAUUUGGUACAGAAAUGGUUCCCUGAGUUACCACUUCUUUAUCCAGAAGCAGGAAUUCUGAACUAUAUGAACUCUGGCGGACUUCUGACACGCAGCCUGGAGCGAGACCUUCUGGAUGCUGAGCCCAUGAAGGAACUGAGCACGAAGCGACCUUUAGUGUGUUCAGAAAUUCAGGGCCAGAAGGUUCUUUUAAAGGGCUACUCUGUAGAUGUAAGCUCGGAAGCCAAAGUGAUAGAAAGAGUUGCCAAAUAUCACAGAGCUUGGGAUCAACAGAAGGAGAACUCUGGAUUACUACAACUGUUGUUCCUUCUUUUCUGCAAGUCUGAUCCUUUGGUAUAUUUAAUGGUCCCGUACUACCCAGGAGCAAGUCUGGGCGCUUUACAGGCUCAUACACCUUUAACUUUAGAAGAGGCAUUAAAAGUGAUGAAGGGAGUGGCCCAAGGUCUACAAACGUUGCAUAGAGCUAAUAUAGUACAUGGAUCUCUGCAUGGAAAUAAUGUUUUUGCUGUGAAUCGAAAACAAGGAGUCGUUGGAGACUUUGAUUUCACAAAAUCAGAGGAGCAACGUGCUGCUGCAAACACUAUGGUUGUCAGUACCCUGAGCUUAGUUUCUCCUGAACUGAAAAUGGGACAGCCAGCUUCUCCAGCCUCUGACAUGUAUGCUUAUGGCUGCCUUCUGUUCUGGCUUUGCAUUCAAAACCAGGAGUUUGGCAUAAAAGAAGAUGGAACACCUGAGGUGGAUGUGGUUGUCAUGGAAGAUAAAGUUAAAUCUCUUCUCCUGAAUUUGUUCUGCUGUAACAGACUGACCGCUGAGCAGGUGCUGAGGCAUGAUUGCUUCCUCAUAGUUGAUGCGGUUCCAGUUUCACCACAACAAGGUGAAGAGCAUGAGCCAUGUGAAGAACAUGAUUCUGAGAAGACAGGUGAAAAAAAAAUGUGAUUAACUGAGGAGAAUGGAGCAAACCAUACUCAAUAGAUGAGGAACUUUUCCAUCAGGUGUUUGAUUGAGACUUCUGUUUUUGUUUGGUUUUGAAAUCAUUGUCCUGAUCUGAAAUCUCAAAAUAUAAGAGGUUUGGUAGGUGCAGUGAUGUUUUGUGAUUACACAAUCUUCACUGCAUUUUCUUUUAAGUACAUUCUAUUCUAAGUAAGUGUUCAGGGGUAUAAGUGUGGUGUUACUGAUUGUGUUCUUAGUUCAUCAGCCUUUUUCUUUGUCUGUUAUAUAGGCUUUAAAUUUACAGAGAGUAGUCUUGUUAGAUGCCAGAGAUCUUUUAAGAUGAAGCUUUAGUGACUUGUUUUUGUAUCCAGUUUUCUAUCCCUCUUCUUGCUGUGAUUCCUUAUAACAUGUUCCUCUUAAAGAUGCUCUAGGGUAUUACCUUUUUGCUGGAGGUUUUUUGCUAUUGCAUAGCCAAGAUGUUCCUACAGCAACUGCCUUCAAGAUUUAAGGGGAAAAAAAAAAAAAGUACUGCUUUGACAACUGGUAAAGGAAAUGGAGAGCAGCCUGCCUCUUUUCUAUCUUUCUGCAUUUGAAAAAUGCAGUUGGCUUUCUAGAGAGCAAGCAUCCUUCUAGUUGCUCCUUUGCAGUGCGGCUGCCAACCAAAAUACUAUACACACGCAUUUGCAAAAACUACUGCUUAUUUGCUCUACGUAAGCAUGUGUGUAUAUCAUCUGUUCUUAAACGUUGUUCGCAAUAGCUAUAAAGGUGUGAUUUUUCAUGAGCGGGUUUGUUUGCCUGCAACACUUUGCUGUUAAUGUUACCAUUGAAAGAGUUUUGUCAGCUCUUUAUUUUUACAGGAAAUUGUUGCUUAUCUUUAUGAAGGUUUUCCUUUCUUCUCAGAAAGAAACAAGUCAAAAUGUGCAGAGUUGCUGUAGCAGUUUAUUUAGCCUCUGGGUGUUGCUCUUGGACAGCGCUGUUGGCAGACUAGUAUUUUGUAGAGGAAUUAUUGAAGCUGCAUGUUGUCGGAUGAAGAAUGCAGUAUGUAAUGGGCAAGAACCAGCACCAGGGGAAUUGGGGAGCCCUCAGGUACAAUAAUACAGUCCACAGUGGAUAGAAGAUACCACCCUGGCAGAUCCACUUCUGAUAUUAGACUUGGUUUUCCAUCCUUAAACCAAUUAGUUGUUUUAUAUGGAGUAGCAUGUAAGAUGCCUUAUCCUUUUUUCAUUAAAUGAUAAUGAUUUUUUAAUUUCUUUAAUGUGUAUGUAACCAAUGAUAGCAAAACCUUUGUUAAAAAUAUUUUUUUAUGUAGAAUUUUUGGUUAAUGUGAAAUAUUUUCAUUACUGAAAUCACAGAAUAAUAAUACCUUGUUUUUAUCAAUGAAAAUAAACAGUUUAGCGAUUUUGUGGGAUGCUUUCCAAAUACUGAUUGCAGUCUUUCACUGUUAAAAAAAGGCUAACUUUAAUUAAUGUUAAACACUGAAUAGAGGUUAGAAGACUAACCUGAUGGUUUGUGUUGUGCUGUCAUGUGUAUUAGAAUAAAUUUUUGCCCAGUU